AUGGAAAGAAACCCAUUGGAUUGCAUCAGUUGUAAAGAGGAUCUGUCAUCUCCCAUAUUUCUGCGAUGCUUACAUACUGUUUGUAAUCCUUGUGAGGCAAAUCAUUCCUCCACUUGUUGCAUAUUGCAAGGCAGUUCCAGAGAAGAAGAUGAUGUAUUAUGCUCGGAGGAUAAGUUGGCCGUUUUCCUGUUGAAGUCCUCACAAGAGCGGACAGACAAUUGUGCCAAUUGUGAGAGAAUGGUGCAUCCGAUGUUCUAUUGUGAAACCUGCCAACAGUACUUAUGCUCUCCAUGUAAAUUAUCAACUCACAAUGCCAAAAUGUUCCAAAGACAUAUUAUAAUGAAAUCAGAGGAGAGAAGUUUCGUUCAAUCGAAUUCCUUUUGUGAGAAACACAAUGAGCCAUUCGUUUUGUAUAAUGAAGAAGAACACAGUUUAGCCUGUAUCAAAUGUUUCAAUGAUGUCCAACCUGAGCAGAAAGUUUUUUUCGUAUCUUUAGAUCAAGCUUAUAAAAAUAUAUUGAGUAUAAUUGAAGUUCAAUCUGUCUCUCUGAAGAGCCAUCAAGACUUCCUACUACAGGAGCUCGAUACUAGAAGGAAAGCAUUAACUGAAGCAUCCAGGACAUAUUCUCAAGAAAAGGAAUCACUUGAUAUCUUAUGCGAUAGUAUCAUCGACGCUGUUAAUGAUACUCGUUCAAUUUUAUCGGAGCGCUUGGAAAGGGAGAAGGCAGAAGCUGAGUCAAGUUGUGAGAUUCAAAUCGAGAACAUUCAAUCUUAUAUCUUUCCAACAAAACUCUGCCUGAUGGCUACUCGGCUUUUAUUCUCUUCUGCUUCUCAGAUCGAUUCUCUACAGUUGUUGCCUCUGUUAAUCAAACGAACCCAGAUGAUAUGUUCCCAAAACAUAAAGAGAGUACCCCCACCAAAAACUUGUCAAAGUCUGCAGUUCCGCACAGAAUUAGCAAAAGUAUUGGAGCCUCAUAUAGGGUUAUCAGCUGCAUGGUGUCCUAUAUCCGCAGUUAGAGAAGGAACGAAGGAGAGUAAUGGUAGCUCAGGAUCUUGUAUCACAGUUUCCGGUUCUCAAAAUAUCAGUAAACCAAACGUUCUUCCCAAGUUCCAAGCUAUGAUUGAUCUUUCUGGUGCUUUCGGACAACUUUUCAAUAGAGUGGAAGGACCUCUGAAGGAUGUUGCAAUCGAAUUGUCAAAACUGAGUAUUCGUGCGCAAGAAAUGCAGCGAGAUAUCACGAAAAGGAGAUGUUUGCUGAAACCCGAACUCAUCAAUAUUCUGAUAAAAGAAUGUCAAAACCUUGAAACCACACUAGGUCUUCAUUCACAAUUGAUAGAAGAGCUACAACCAGAAAUGCAAGAGCUUUGGCAAGAACAAUUAGAUCGCGUUCGACGACAACAAAUUAUUUUUCGUGAGAAGGUGAACGAUUGUAUGAGCCUUCGUUGUAUUGUCCGUGAUGUUUUAAAUGCAGCAAAGCAACUCCGUCCUUUCGCUGUUUGUAUAGAGCAAAUGAGCUCUUUAAUUGAUCCACGGCGAUGUCAUCCACCAGAUCCAGCGCCUAUGGAGAGCAUAUGCCUACAAAUUUCAACUAUAGAGCCGAAUAGUGAAUGUAGGAUUGCGGCAAUCGAAAAGGAAGAGCAAAAUAGGAGAACAGUUUUGGAAGCAAAAAAAAAAGCUGAAGCUGCUGACAGGGAGCUGGUGAGGAAAGGAUUGAAGCAUGGGAAACACAGGAAGAAGGACCAAUUCCGUGUAAUGGUAAAUACAAAUAGGGAGAGAAGUCCAGGUGGUACAGAUUCAACUUUGUUUUCUCCGUUUAUGCGAAAAUUGAAUUGUUCGUACCGAGAUGUUUCGGACGAAACAAGUGUUUUCGCUGAUCAGGUAUUCAACUUUUACUCUAAAGAUGACACAUCUGGCAUUGACUUGGCUAUCUGUGAUCAGGCACGUUGCUCUUCGUCCCUAUCGCUAACCCUUCCAUCUUGCGAUAGUUCUCCGAACCAACAGUCAGACCAUGGAUUUAAAGCGGAGCACUGUUAUGCUCACGAUGACAGAGACUGUCAUUCUUAUAUGCUCCAAUCUCUGCAUGAUGUAUUCGCUCUUCAAAAAAGUGAUUCUGAUCCGAAUGAUAAGAAUGUUCUGGCCAGUGUUGUCAAAAUAUCACAAAAAAAAAAGAAAACACUUUCGCACAGAAGCUCAGAUGCUGAAGAAAGUUUCACAGAAGUCUUGGGUAGAACCCAGAGUAGUGGUUCUUCUGCGAAGGAUGUGAAACGUAGCAAAAAAGGAAGAUCAUCAGCGGAAGCAAUUAAUGAACCUACAGCUGAACUAACAGAACUAGACCUUGAUAGAUGCGACAUUCCCAAAGUACCCCAUUAUAUGACGAGUUCUGCAUUGAAAGUAGAGGACAAAAUCUUAGAAGGGUUUGAAGCUAAGGAGAAAAUUCUAAAAUCUCUGAAAGAGAAAGCUGAAACUAAAAAUAAUUCAGGUCAAUAG